UGUUCAUGGGGAAGGCUGAGAUGGCUGCCCAGAUACUUCAGGUCAGUGCUUUGGCAGUAUUUCCUGAGCCAUAAUUGCUGGAUUUCCCUGCUGGCAAGCAGUGUUUUCCUGGCAGGAUUCUGGGAAUAGCAUCAAAACCCACGACAAGCAGUGAGAGGGUUUUGUGCUCUGAGUCAGAAGUAGGCUGAGAAGAUGCAGUCAUCGAAGAACCUACCCGAGAUGAGGAAGGAGGUCUGUAUGAGAAGGAUAUUUCCAGCAUGAGGUUUUGAGCUUGGGGGCACCUUCUCUUGCCAGCAUGCUUGGUGAGUCUGCAGGUCAGUUGCUGGGUUUGGUGCAAUCACAGCAGAAGGGAGAUUACUGCCUUUCACCACCACCACCCUGAACUAGCUCAUCCUUCUAGCUAUUUCUGUCUGUGCAUAUCUAUAGCAUCAUUUCCCUUAUGCCUGUGUAUCUGCCAAGCAUUCAAAACAGGCACUGCUGUGGCAGCCUCCUAUCUUUCUCUCCAGCCUGGGGAAUAAAUGACUGGAUUGCUCUUUUUUAAUUGUUUCUUUGCAUCAAGAAUUUAUGGUGGGAAAGCUAAGCUGGAGAAAUGCUUUCAGGAGCAGGUGGCCAGUUCAGCAGAUCCCCACUUGUCCUUAGCCCCUAGGGAGGUCCUGCUGCUUGGCCCUUGCUGGGCUCACUUGCUGCCCUGUGCGUUGGUGCUCUCUUUGAAAGUGAUGGUUUCAUGGAGUGGGAUGUGGUCUCUCGUAAGCACAGCCGAAGUCUGGAUGCGAGAGACAAGACCUGGAUCUGACUUCCUUGCAAGGGGACCUACAACAGAAAGCUGAGUGCUUGGGUUGGCUGGAUUAACUGGCUCCCAUUCAGAGGGAACUUGACAGAUCUAUUUCGCUUUCGUUGAACUCUCUACUGCACAUCAUAGGUCCAGAGGCUGCAUCAAAGACAACUGAGCGGCACAAAAAUGUGACUCUGACAAGAGACUCCAAGCUUUCUGCCAAGGAGUUUUCUACUGAUCAGUUUAUAAUUUAAAUGUAUAACCAAAGCAUGCAUAACAGUUAACCUGAUAAGGAAAAAAAAAAGCUUACUUAUUGAUUAGGACUGCUAAAGUAGCAGUCACUUGAAGCUUCAAAAUGAGUGCUCCGUUAAUCCCAAACAAGUCAUGUUAUGCUCAGCUUCAGGACAACCGCAGUGAAAUGAAAAAUAAUAAUGAAAGCAUAGUGAGUGUGGGGGAUACCAAUGCCAAUCAAAUUGUGACAAAAGUUAGAACCCCUGAAGGAGCUGUCACAAAAUGCGAUUUGAUGGAUGAGAGUGGGAAUAUACAGUCUGGAGGAUCAGAGAAAGUUACUCAUCUGAAUACAGAGCAGAAUAAACUUCUGGCCUUCAAAGACUCUCAAACCUGUCACACCGCUGUACAGGAAAGUAAGCUGCCCUCCACCACAAGCAAGGAAAUGGGGAAAGACUUUAGGACCAGAGAAGCUAAGGACAUAGCAAGGCAUACUAGGAUUAGCCGAGGACAAAGUCUGUCCAAUUUAAAAAGUAACACAAAUGAUGCCAACCUAGAAGUUAUAUCCAAAGGUGAUGUUGACCUCACCCAGAACUUUUCUAAGGGUAAAAUGUCUAGGACUGUGGAGGUGGAGAGAAUAAAAAGGCUUUCUUUAGGAAGACCAAAUAAAUUCUCUCCUCAGUCUGAAGCAUUCGCAAAAGACUGUGUUGGCCGUGUGUCGAGUAAACGCCUGCUUUCUGCAUCACUGGACUCCAUCGACACGUCACACCAUUUGACAGGAAAUACAGAGAAAUCACAAAAAACAUCCACAGGUCAUUUUGUUGGGAUGGUGUUUCAUCCACUUGACAAUACCUCAGAGGAGAAUAUCGUAUUUUAUUCCAAACCAUCUACCUCAGGGAACAAGAAACUAAGUAAACCGGAAAAUGUACCAAAUGUUAACGUUGAAAGCACACUGCAUACUUCUCAUUCUCAACAUUCAGAUGUGAAGCCCAAUGAAAUUACUAGUAAAUCAGAAGCACAAUUAAGUCAGGGUGAUAAAAGUAAAAAGAUGGAGCUUAAGACUGCACCAUCUCUGCAAUAUAAAAAUACAUGUCAACAAAAGAUUGAGAGAAUUAUGCUGGUAGAGUUCCUGGGAUGUCAAAAAGGCGAAAAUACAUCAGUGGAGGAAGAGAAAUGCUCUGGGUCUUACGCUUCAAAAUUUCAAGCAUCCCAUUUUCAAGAGACCUGUAAUAAAGUAGAGGAUCCAUUAUCAAGUCCCGACGACAAAUUGUUUAGUGAUGUCAACAUUGGUGGGGAAGGGAGAGGAAGCAAUGAUGGUGACAACAGGGCAACUAGUCAGGAUGGUGAGGAAAAUCCUGACAAAGAAGUGGAAAAAAUAUUCUCACUCACCUGCAGUAGUAAAUCCAGUGGCAAAUUGACACCUAGAAAAAAUGAAAAUUUACAUGAAGCUGAUGCAGGUUGCACUGAAAGAGUUGGUGAACAGAUAUCUCUUACACAUAAUACUAAUCUACCUGACAGCAAAGCCUCGAAAGUUGAUGAGAACAAACUGUCACUAGUCAAAGAAAGCACUGAGGAUGCUGCUCUGCCUGCUUCUAAUCUCUCAUAUCAGCGCAGAGCACGUAGUGCAGAGACAGUGUCACACCAGCAACCUGACAACCAUGACAGUGACGUGGAAACAUUGAACUUUCCAGUUCCAAGUAAAAAGACAGCUAAUGCACAGAAACGUCCUCCAGAGGAAGCACCAGAGAGCUGUAAUGUUUCAGGAAAGGAUGAUGCCUUUUUAUGUGUCCCAACUCCUGUGCACCGAGUGGCAGCGCUGGAUGUUAAUAGUCAGCCCAUGCCAUCAAACAGUAAUUUGAAGGACCUUUAUGCACUUCAUGUUGACAAACUGUCACCCUCCUCAGUCCUACCUCCCAUUGACAGUACACAGUUGUUAAGCAUAUCCCCUAAAGUGCCUAUCAAGACUGCUUGCAGCAGCGCCAUCCCAAAACCUAUCCUGGUCCACUCCAAGGGCUCCCUUGCAGAUAAGACAGAUGCGGACAGUGACUGCAGUGAAAAGCUGGAAGAAAGCAUUGAGAUAAAACCUGCCAUACCCAGGCCCAAACCUGUGAGACCUAAAAUCAUCACAUACAUUAGGAGAAACCCUCGUUCAAUAGAGCAGCUUGACCCUUUGUUUGCACCAGCAGGACUGCCCUUUGGUAGCCCUGCGUGUGGCAUGCCCAUCUCUACAGAGCAGAAGGCAUCCAAUGGAGGGGAGACAAAGUCUGCCAGCAUCCUGUAUGAUAAAUUUAAACCUGACCUCCAGAAGCCAAGACUUUUCAGUUCUGGAUUGGUGGUGUCAGGAAUUAGGCCCCCAGGCCAUCACUUCAGUCCGAUGAGCGAGAAGUUUCUGCAGGAGGUUGGGGAAAGGCCUGCAAAAGAUGAAUUUUGCCCUCCACCAUAUACACACUAUGAGGUCCCACCAAGUUUUUAUCGAUCUGCCAUGAUACUCAAGCCACAGUUAGGACUGGGUGCAGUGUCCAGGUUACCAUCUGCAAAGAGCAGGAUUCUCAUUGCAAGUCAGAGAUCCUCAGGUAGCUGUCUCCAUCAGCAAGGAGAAAUAACGAGUGCUCCCAGCCUCUAUCAUCCUGAUGCUUCAGUUGAUCUUAAGAAAGGCUCAUGUCCAAGUGCUGCAAAAUCAAAUCUCCCCAAGCCCUGCCAGCCUGGACUUCGUCCUCCAGGUUAUUCACGGUUACCAGCAGCUAAAUUGGCCACAUUUGGUUUUGUCAGGAGCUCAAGCGUAUCCUCUGUCUCCAGCAACCAGUCAAAUGACAGUGCUCAGAGUGAUCAAAGCAGGACAACCAACCGUUCCAUCUUUGGAAAUGAAGAGCAAACCACUCCUAAGGCACCUGCACCUUCUAAAGAUGUUCCCAAGGGGAGCAGCAAGAGCACAGCACAGGUAUCGAGCAACACAGCCACUCCACGCAGGAGCUUACUUCCAGCACCAAAAACUGCCACAGCACCUGCUGGUCUGAAGAAAGAAGUACAAAAAGAUCAGGAUGCUAACAGACCAGCUGUUUCAUCCCCUAAGAAAUCAGCAGUAACAGCCACCAAGCUCCAUUCACCAGGACAUCCCAAGCAAAGGCCAACGACCCCAAAGAAUGGAUUCUCCGCCAAACCAGGAGAGAGUCGAGAUGCUGAAAAGCAGUUCAUUCAGAGGUUGAAGGAGAAGUGUGAUGAGCAGUCCCGACAGUUAAGCAUUAUCCGAGACGAACUUAGAAGAGCCAGCUGUGGCUUUGAUGUCUUUGCUAUAACAACACAGCACUUUUUCAGGCAGAAUGAAAAUGCCCUUGUGAAAAUAAAGGAGUUAGGAGUCGAGCUUGAAAAGAUCAGGGAUGAAGUUGCUCUCAACACAGCAAGAUGGAAGGAACUACAGAGCAAGAAGGAGGAGCUGGAGAGGCGCUUUGAGGAAGAGGUGAAGCAGCUUCACAAGCAGCAGCAGGAGGAGCUGCAGGUGCUAGAGCAGCGGCUGCAGGAGGAGUACAACACCAAGAGGGAGAGUCUGCAGGAGCAGCACAGGCUGCAGCUGGAGCAAGUCAAAUUGCAGCAUCAGGACCAGGUGGAAGAUAUCACAGCUGUACAUGAAGCUGCAAUGUUACAGCUGGAAAAUAACCACAUAGUUGCCAUCACAGUGCUGCAGGAUGAGAAUGACUGCAAAAUCCAAGAACUCAGUGUUGCUCACAAACUGGAAAAGGCACAACUGGAGGAGAACUUUGAAAAACUGCGGCUCUCACUCCAGGACCAGAUAGACACCCUCACCUUCCAGAACCAAUCUCUUAAGGCCAAAGCAGACCGAUUUGAAGAGGCUCUGAAGAAAAACACAGAGGAACAACUGAAGAUUGUACGAGCUCCAUAUCUGCAUUUAGAGAAAGAUCUGAAGAGCUUAAAACAUGUUCUGGAAAUGAAGAACCACCAGAUUCACCAACAGGAGAAGAUGAUUAUGGACCUAGAAAAACAGGCGGAAAAAAACCUAAAACUGGAAGAAAGAAUCACCAUGCUGCAACAGCAGAAUGAAGAACUCAGAGCCAGGAUUGAGCAAAAUACUGUCAUAACAAGGCAACUGUCAGAGGAGAAUGCUAAUCUUCAAGAGUACGUUGAGAAAGAAGUAGAGGAGAAGAAAAAGCUGAGCAGGACUAAUGAAGAGCUCCUCUGGAAGCUGCAGGAAGGAGAAGCUGUGAGCCCCGUGAAACUGCCCCCCUCAUCACCCACUUCUUUUUAUCGGUGCUCAUCAGGGAACUCCUCUCCAGCAAAAGUCAGAACCUUGCGGCGAUGACUGAGCCCUCAGCGCCGGAGGUUCCCUGCCUUUUAUGCAUUUCUGAUCUGCUAAAUGUUACCAUCCAAGGAACUAUCACCAUCAGCAGGCGCCCAGGGCUCAUGGCUGCAAGCACGCUUAGUAGCUGCAUAGCUUUACACUAGGCAGGGUACUCUUAUAGUCCCAAUAUAGGAGCUCUUGGUUCUGAUGUGUUGAUUAGGGUAGCAAGAAAAGAUAGCAAAAAGCUAGGACAGCAGAAAGUUAGGAUAGCAAAAUGUUUGAGUUGUUAAUGUUUUAACUGUGGUUAGAGCCAGGAGUUGGAAAAUACUUUAUUAAUGGUUCAUCAGAACGAACUUUUGCUGCAAUAUUUCAGGUUAGUUACAAAUACAAUUCCAGUUGUGAAUAUUUCUGUAUAUGUGUCUGUGUUUAUAUAUAUGUACGUACUGUACCUUUAUACCUAUAUAUAGACGCACACACAUAUAUAUGUAGUUGCAGAUGUUCUGAAUUGCAUUUUUUAUAUUAUUGGAUACUACUAAGUGCUGAUAUAUUUUCAUUAGU